AUGGAUUUCACAGAGACUUGCAGACAGGCUUUGGAAAAUUAUCCAAAUCGAUAUCGGUGUGGUCGACAGCACCCACCUGUAAACAACAGCUUUGAUGUGGCUCACUGGGAAGGGACGGGCACGUUAGGCAUGAAACGAAUCCAUGCACUUACCAUUCAAGCCAACUAUGAGCUGAGGAUUGACCUGGAGGACUUCGAGAACAGUACCUCCUUUGCAAAGUAUGGCUCUUUUGGAGUGGGUUUGUUCUCUGUUGACCCUGACGAGGAUGGCUACCCACUGAGCAUCGCAGACUACUCUGGCACAGCAGGCGACUCGCUGCUCAAACACAACGGGAUGAAAUUCACCACUAAGGACAAGGACAACGAUCAUUCUGAGAAUAACUGCGCGUCCUUCUACCACGGCGCCUGGUGGUACCGCAACUGCCACACCUCCAACCUCAACGGACAGUACCUGCGCGGCCAGCACACCUCGUAUGCCGACGGCAUCGAGUGGUCGUCCUGGACGGGUUGGCAGUAUUCGCUGAAGUUCACCGAGAUGAAGAUUAGGCCAACCAAGGAGGAGAAUAAAUGAGUGAGGACUAGAACACUUGACUAGAAGAGCUCAAAGAUGGCUGUAGGUGUUAGAGACACUCAAUACAGAAACGCAAGAACUUUCCGGCAACAACCUCUUUCUCAUGUUUCCGUUUCUAUUCAUCUCUCAAUUCCCGUUUUCCUACCAUCUUGUAGUGUUUGUGCUAAUGGGCCGAUGUUUUUCUCUUGAUCUGUUGUUCACAUCUCUGAAUAUUAUUAUGAAACAUUGCAGGUAUUGUCAAAAAUGUACUGAUGAAAUAAAAAGAUCGAUAGUUGUUGUCUAUAAAAAGAAAAAAGAAAAACAAACAAAAAAAUACUUCUGUAGAUGUGAAAUUUAGCAAGAACGUGUAGCUUUUCAUAAAAAUAAAGACUUUUAACUCUUCAGACAUCUGACGGAGAGGCAGCUUGUCCUAUGUUUUUUUUUUCAUUCAGUGCUUAAUCAGUAACUCAUGGCUAAACAUGACAAGGUUGCCAUUGGUGUGUCCAGCCCCUGGUGU